GUACAGUUACCAUACUAUGGGUACCUGCUGCCAAAUUGCUGCCCUGAAACUGAAAGAUCUAAGAUGAAACUGCGAAGGAGUCUCUCUCAUUUUGAUUGAAAUAAGGGAUACUUAUUACCUGUUUAUGGCGUAUGUGUGUAAAUUACAUAUUGUAGAUGAAGAAUUUCGUCACUAGAAUUUGUAUUCGACAUGGCGAAUAAAGAUAACUUACCCCAGCCGAUAGCAGACCUGUUCUCCACGGCCGCCGUGCGCGCCGGGCAAGGCUGGAAAAAACUUCCAUUUCGAGUUGCUGUGACAAGUGGCCCAGUUUCCGGACGGGCAGAAACCGUCACAGACGUGACCGCAGGUUCCCAAACAAGGCAAAGCCUGAACCUUGACAAGGAAUUGCCAUUGAUGUUGAGUGGAGCGGUGACCAGCAGGGAAGGAUCAACAGCGUCAGCAUCGCCAGGAAUGCACGUUAGCUUAACGAAGCCAACGUUGUUGAGCAAAACGGAGGAAGAGUUGUUACAGGAGCAACUUUUUGCCGCACGCAUGAUGGGUGUUCCUGUUACAGUAGCCGGUAAUAUUGUGGGCACUCUUCGCUCAAGUAGUCUUGUCAGUAGUAGCAUUAGCAGUAGGCCUACUACUUCUCUGAGUACACAGCAAAAUGUGACGAAACAAACGUCGUUAGAACCCGCACAGCAGGCCCAGGCACACUUGAUUGCCACAGCCUUCUAUAACACGGUCAAGCCAUUAUUGCCAUCAUCAGUGAAUGAAACAAUACAGGUAGCAUCUCAAAUCCAACAGCUAACGGAACAGCAGCAGCAACUACUUGCACAACUGAACAGGCAUCAGCAGCAGCAGCAGCAGCAAGAUCUUAUCUUACAGGCCCCUCAGCAGCUUCCAGGGCCGACAGCAACACUCAAUAUGUCCAGUAUUAAAGUACAGCCACAAAAGUGGUCCAACCGAACUCAGACCAUCACGGCCAACAAAAAUGCCAGUGCAGACCAAGGCCAGCAUUUAAGACAGUCAUCGAGGAUCGCAUCUGCUUGUCAAAUUAGAGCUGGUUCUGAUAUCUCAAACGUACCCGAGAGGCAAACUGGUAGUUUACAAGGGCGACAAGUAAUAAGUUCUACCUCCAACUUCACGGGUCUUCAAGACCCGCGACUCACUGCAGUCAGUUAUCCUGUCCGCAGUUCACCUAUGGCAUCUACGACGGCUAGCGUUUUGGAACCACAAAAACAGGCUUUGGUACUUUUGGAAAAGGCCAGAGCACCUUUGUCAGUUGAAGUUCAGAAGACGCAGUCUCUGGAAGUACUGCAGUCGCUGAAAGCGGACGGUUACAUUGACAGUCCAAACAGGGAUAAAAUUGUCAUGGGGGCUGCCAAAGUUGAGCCAAAACCUGAUGAUGUGGAUGAUAUCAGCACCAUUUGGCCAAGCACAUUAGAGGAAGAUUGGAAUGAGCCAGAACCUGCUCCUGAAACUCCAAGCCAUAAAGGUCGAGAAGGCACAAGUGCAUCAAAAUCAUCUCCUAAUUCCAAUAGGCUUCGAUCUCCUGAUUCCGACCAGCUUCGAGGCAGAAAAAAGUCCAAAUCGCAGCAGUCAAGGCAGUCUUCAGGGAGCGUUCUCAAAGGAAUAGGCAAACCUACAGAUGGAGCGCCAAAGAGCCCAUGGCAUGCCAGUGUCGAUGCCUUCCUCAAAAGUACCAAACGGGAACCAGAUGCUGAGUUUAAGACACCAGUGGACUCCCACAGAAAACGUCAGCUGCAGACACCUGAAGUCUCCAACCCUGUUCCUGUGAUCUCAACCAGUCUGUUUUCAACUGCUGCUUCAGCCGAGAUCCCUUUCCUGUCAGAGACUGAUACGGACGAGACCAUCUCCUCCAUCGACCGGAGGGUAGAGAUGCUGAAGAAGCAGAAGGAACAGAUUCUCCAGGAUCAGAUGGAUGAGUUCUGUAAGGAAAUCAACAAGUUUGAUGAUGUGGCUAUUGAAGGCGGGCCAUCAGCCAUGCAAAAGAAGACAAUGCCAAACCAGAAAGGGGUGAGCCUAGACAAGGACAGAGACAGAGCCAGGUCGAAAGAGCGAGACAAAUCAAGACUGGAUGACAGAGAUAAGGAGAGGGACCGAUAUGGUGACAGAGACAGAGACAGGGGGAUGGGGACAAGAAGUCCACCGAGGAUGCGGCCGACGGAUGCAAAGAGGUCUAGGUCCCAAAGUCAUCAUCGAGAGGUGGAGAAGAGGAAACCGGCCUACAAGUCCCCGCCAUCCCCAAAGAGGUCACGAAGCGGGAGCCUGGAGAAAAUGAAGAGGGAUCCAGCUAAAAACAAGGAAUCACCCAAGGAGAUUGAAAAGAGACAAGGGAGGUACCCUUCAAGUGAUCGGCAAGUCUCAACGGAGAGGAGAAGCAGCCACAGCCCUGAGAGGAAGCGCAAGAGACCUGAUGUGAAGAUGGGUGAAGUAUUCAUCGACGGCAGGUGGCAGCGUUCGGCUCUGAUAACACCACCACCAGCAAGUAAAAGACAAGAAAAUUUUCCGACAGGGAACAAAGGUAACACCAGGGAUUCAGAGGCAAAGAAGAUUCGAACAAAGAAAGAUGAAAAUGAGGAUGCUAAGAUGGAGACGGAGAAGAUUGACACGCCUUUAGAGAAAGCAAAUCAAGAGAAGAAAGCCACACCUUCAAAAACUGAUGAACAGAAAGAUGAAGGGAACAACUUAAGUUCUAGAGCAACAGAAAAGGACAACAUGCCGUCCAGAGCAACAGAUAAGAAGGAUAAGCUAAAAAACGAUACGUCAACCAAGAUCACAGAAAAGAAAGAUGAAAAAGCCACACCCGUCAAAGCUACUGAAAAGGCAAGGGAGAAAGACGUCACACCCAUUUCAAUGAAAGAGAAGGAAAAGCAGAGUACCACGCCUUCCAGAACAGAAGAGGAGCAGAAAAAUGCCACGUCCUCAACAACUGGAAAGGAGAAGAAAGACGAAACCUCAAAGAUGAGAGAGAAAUCCAGCAGUGAUGCAAAACAGAAACCUGUAGGGACAUCAAAACAGAAACCUGCAGGGGCAUCAAAACAGAAACCUGCAGGGACAUCUGCCAAGGCACAGAGACAGGCAGGAGUCCCCAAACUUGGCUCCAGAACCAUGCAAGAAGUUGAUGUCGUCGGCUUUACUGAAACAUCAGCUGUGUCAAAACCCUUGAAGAUGACGGCAAUGAGCAGUGACAUCGCAUCUGCUGCUGCUGCUGCACAAGCAUCGUCAAGCAGGGUCGCAGUGUCCGUCAAGAAAUCAGCCAAUUCAGCUGGUGUCACUGCUUCGCCAUCAAGUCAACUUUCAGAUGUAGCUGCUUCUUUUCCCAACUCCACAACUCCAACUACCAAAAUAUCCAGUCUCCCACCCGCAGCGGAAAGCAGCAAGCAACCAACAGAUCCAUCAUCGGGCAAUAGUUCUUCAAAUUCAUCAGCAUCAACUAACAAAACAGUUGGAGAUGGGCCGACAAUUGGCGAGAACAGCAGGAAGAGAAAAGGAGAGAUGGAGACCGAGGAAGUGCCGCGUAAAGUUCCUGCGAUGUCGGGCGACUCAUCUGUGGCUCUUGAAAUCAAAGACAGUAGCAUCCCUCACCAGAUGGGACUCCUGAAGGCGCUAGGUGUGGAGAAGUACGUACAGGACAAGGUGAUGUUGGAAUGGUUCUGCUAUGUGUGCGGCUCCAUCUGUCAUACUUUGAAGGUAUACAUGACGCACAUUGUUGGUCGCAAACACAAGUACAGGUACAGCACAUUGCUGAAGGCCAACUUUGCGACCAUGGAGAAAGAGCUCAUCUCCAAACUGAAGCUCCUGCCCAAGCAGGGUUCGGAGGCUACCCUACGAAGCAGCAUCCUUGGACAGAGCUUGGGUCUUGCCGCACAGCAAAACCUGAGUGUGUCUCCACAGGCUGGUCGUAGUGAGCGUUCCUACUGCAAGAUAUGCUUCACUCAUUACUCCUGCAGUCAUGACGAACAUGUGAGCUCAGCGGAACAUAAGAAGUUGGAGCUCAUUCGUCCCCGCUGUGGCCCGUGUAACCUUAUCUUCGCAAAGAUCAAGGCAUAUCACAAGCAUAUUACCUCAUUGGCACAUAAAAAGAACGUUGCAGCACAGGAGAAGCCUGCUGCACCUGUUUUUGGUCGUGUGACUAAUCAACCUGCAAUGGGCAACAGCAGCGUGAGCGCCGCAGAUGCAGGGAAGAUACAGUCUCAACAGAAGCCCAAUGUCAUUGGGUCAGAGUUUAUCACACCCAUUUCCGGCUUCUUCUGCAAACUGUGCUCCAAGUUCUACAACAACGAGAAUACAGCCCGGGAAGUCCACUGUGCCACGGCCCACCACAUCGCUAAAACUCAGCAAUACUAUGCCAGCAGAAACCAGUCAUCGGGAACCAGCUUUAAAGCUAGUCAGGGCACUUCAAUGUCUGCAUCCGCACAGGCUGCACUUGCCGAAGACAUCCCAACUGAGAGCAGUGUAGGUUUGGAGAGCAUGUCUGAAGAUGCAGGCGUCGGUGCUUCGGUGCACAAAAAGUCUGCUGGAAGUCGCUCCAGCAGUGCCUUUCAGCCAAGUUUUGCCCAGAGCAUGUUCUCAGUCGGGCAGGUGAUUGCAGUUGGGGCGUCAUUGAGGUGCGAUCGUCCAGACAAACCAGAGUUGCCUCGGCCAAUCUCCAAACCAGGUGAAGUUGCAUCAGAGACAUGGACGGAAGCAGAGUCUCAGAUGGAGAUAGUGACAGCAGCAGCUGAGAGAGAGGCAGGAAAGACUGUGACCAUUGCAGGUCCCAGAUUCACAGAGGCUGUAUACAUGGAAGCUGAAGAGGAGGCCAACAAGCCUGAUGUAGUGUUGCCAACCAGGAAAAACAGGCCAAAGGAAACAGUGUCUAAAGCUACUGAAGGGAUACCGAGAAAGUCAGGGGAUUCUAAGCACGAGAGAGGAGCUACUCUCAAGGAUAAUAAGGUGGAGGCAGAUAAACCAGCAGAAACAACCACUUGCCAGAAAGCUGUUUCCAAGCUAGCUGAGACGAAUCAAGAAAAACCAGAGCGAGGAACCAAACUCAAGGAAGUGAAGAGUGAUGUAGGUAAGCCAGGAGGUAAUAUGUCAAAGGAAGUGGUGCCCAUGGAAACAGAGCGACAGACCAAAGAGCAAGGAGAAACAGAGUGCAAGAAAAGAAUUACAAUCGAGAGAACAGUUAUCGAGGGAGUUGAGGAAGAGACAGGAAAGCCACAACAAAUCAUCCCGACAGACAAAACCCUGGCUGAGGAAGCAGAGAAAAAAGCAGAAAAACCAGGAGGAACUCUGCCCCAGGGAGAAUCUACCUCCAAGAAAGCUACUUCUCUGGGAAUUAAGUCUCCUACAAUGGAACCUUCUCCAAUGGUUGCUGUCCAGAAAUCCUCAAUCGAGUACCCUGUGCCCAUUGAAGCUAGAUCCCUUGAAAUCAACCUCCAGCAAAAAGAGUUGAGUGAAACUGGUGCUUUAGAUAGAGAUGCCACAUCCAAAGGGGCCACAGCAACCGCUUCCAAUUUGAACACAAGAGAAUCCAAGUCCCAGCCAGAGGUAACCUUGCCCACUGGGGUCACACCUUUCAAAACAAAAGUCAAGGAAUCUGAAACCAUGGAAUGUCGUCCUAAGAUUUCCAGCCUCAAGGAAGCUUUGCCUAGAAGAGCCUCACCCAGGAGAACUAGGUCCACUAAAGCUUUAAUAGACAACAUGACCAAGGAAUCCCCAGUGGCCUCUCCUUUGAAGACUCGAUCAUCUAGUGGUAGUGAAACGGAAACCAAUUUGAAAGAAAACACAGCUGAGGUUGAAGGCCAAGGAAAGCCAGCCGAAACAGCAAUUUCACCAGAAGCUCUUUCCGAGGAGUCAUCAGGUACUAAGACAGUAUCAAAAGAGAUCACACACGAAGACAUCAUACCUGCAGAGGAAGCCCUGCCAAAAGAAACUCUUGCCAGUAACGCCACACUCAAAAGAAUCGCAUCUAAGGAGACAACGUCCAAAAGGGAGAUCCCACCAAAAGUGGUUAAACCAAAGAAAGCCUCAGCAAGCAACACCAAGGAUGUAGAAACCACACCCAAAUCAACAUCCAAGGAGCUUUCUCUGAGAAUCUCUACCAAAGAGUCUAAACCUGUAGAAGAUGAGCCAUUAAACUCUUCAGCUGAGAAACCAUCACAUAGAAUGGCUACACGUACGGAAACUACUGUCAAAGUUACUGCACCUGAAUCCACCAUAAGUGAAGUUCCGCAGAAGCAAGCCAAACUCAAGGAAAUUUCACCCAAGGAUGCUAUGUCCAAGACAGUGUCUCCCAGGAAGGAGGCACCCAAGGGAGCUUAUCAGAAGGAUGUUGGAUCAAGACUAAAAGCAGCAUCUAUUGCAAGUCCCAAGUCUAUUUAUUCAGUUGCAUCAGUUUCCUCAAAGACUCUCUCAACACCAAACCCUUCACACCUUAAAGAUACAGGCUCCACAACAAUCCUCUCUAAGGUUUUGGCAUCAUCUCCUAAAAGAAGUUCAACUCGCUUAACAAAUGUACAAAGUAAGACAGUACUGUCUGUAACUGAGACCCAACCUAAAGGGAGUGUCCAGAAAAAGGCAUCUAAAGAAACCUCUUCAAAAGAGGACACAUCUGUGAUUUCUUCAAAAUAUACCUUAGUAGACAGUGUAUCAGAUAAAUCUACACCUGAACAGACAGACGCAGCUGACAAAAUAUCUGCUGAGUCACAGAAGAAGGUUCAGCAAGCACCCAAAACUGCAAAAGAACAUGCACGAGAAACACCCAUUAAGACAGAGGUCACAGACUCUGGUGGGGAUGCAACUACCAAGACUGUCGUAGCUAAAGGAAAAGUGCCAUCUAAGAAAGCCAGAAGUCCAACUGACACCUCUGUGAGGAAGUCAGACCGGGUCACCAAAACAGAAAAGAAACAACCUCUGUCAGUCUCUGCAGCAUCCACUUUGCCAGCCAAGCAGGACAGCUCUAAACAAGCAACUUUAGAAGUCCAAGAUUCCGAUCAGGGAUCUUCAGUCCAAAAGAAAAGCUCAAUCCUGGGUACUUCUGAGCCUACUCAAUUAACCUCAUCCUCCCCGGGUCCCAUGGUGGUUAAAUAUGUAGGAUCUAAAUCUCCUAGUUCACUGAAUGCCUCUCCAGCACAACAAAGCCCUCACAAGCUAAAUCUAUCAGCUGAUGCAUCUGCUGAUGAGGAGCGAGGAGAGUACAUGGAUGUCGAAAAACUAAUGGCUGGUGAUGUCAUCAUCCUGGAUGAAGACAGUGACCAAGAGAUGGAUACAACAUAUGAUGGUGAAGAAGACAUCAUCAGCAGUACUGUAGGAGACAUCUCCAAUAUCUCUGGAGAUGUAUCCAAUAUCUCUGGAGAUGUCUCAGGAGAAGAAGAGGAACUUGGAGACGACGUCUGGAUUGUGGAGGAUGUCGAGGGUGAUGUGGAGGGCGAUGUGGAGGAUGUAGUGGGUUAUGUGGAGGAAGAAGAGGGUAAUAGGGGGGAAGAAGGUGAUAUUGUUGAUGUGGUGGAUACGGCAAUUGAUCUGGAGGAUGUUGAGGGUUAUGUGGAUGAUGUUGAGGGUUUUGUGGAGGAGGAAGAAGAGGGUGAUAUGGAGAAUAUGGAGGAUGCAGAAGGUGAUGUGGAGGAUGUUGAGGGUUAUGUGGAAGAUGCGGCGAGUUAUGUGGAGGAUGUUGAAGGUUAUGUUGAAGAUGAAGAGGGUUUUGUGGAGGAUAUAGAGGGUUAUGUGGAGGACGUAGAAGGUUAUAUGGAAGAUGUGGAGGGAGAUGUGGAGGAUGUUGAGGGUUAUGUGGAAGGCGUGGAGGAUGUUGAGGGUUAUCUUGAAGACGUUGAGGGUUUUGUGGAGGAUAUAGAGGGUGACGAGGAAGCAGGCUUUGAGAUGCCCCAUUUUGGAGAGAUGUUUUCCAUCGAUGAGGUCGGGGAAUCGGAAGAGGAGGAGAUGGAGGCAGAAGAGGUUGGAGAUCAGGAUGUGCAUCAGGUGGAAGAAUGGGAAGUUCUGUCUGAAGCAGAAGAAGAUUGAUGGAAUACCUUUGUUUUGGUCUGCAUCUGCUAGAGUCCACAUAAUAAAUCUACCCAUUUUUUUUAUGAAGUGUGUUCUUUUGCAUCAGCUUCUAGAGAAAACUGGGACUUGGGUGGCAGCGUUAAAGGAUUGAAGUCUAUUCAGAGAGCAUCUUAUUCAUUAAAGUAAGACUUUGUAUAAUACAUGUACAUUUAAAAAAACGAAUUACAUCAAUGGAAUUAUCUAUUGCUUGAAUUAAUUUCACAAGAAAAAAAGUGUUUAUAAUUGUUGUAAUUGAAGUUGGUACUACAUGUGUAUUGAACAUGUUGGGCAGAUUAUUCAGUACAAACUGCUAAAGCCCUUGCUUCAAGUACUAGGCGAUAGACACUAAUUCAAGAAGAAAAUAGGUAAUCCAUGUCGAUUAGCUUUCAAUUAAAUCUGUGUACAAACUAAAAGUUUGAAACACCUCUUCAUUGGAUCUUAUAAUUUACAUGUAUUUGGAAAUAACUCUACCAACAUUACCACACAUACCUAUCAUAAUCCUUUGUGUUUCGGUAAAACUGAUUAUUUGCACACAGUGUACCCAGAUUGGCAUACAUGUACAUGUUGGACAAAUAGACAAAUCCGGUGGCAGCCAUUUUCUGCGGUGGUGCAAGCCUCGCGUGAGUCGCGCUCAGGCAGUACACUGCACUCCGGGCUCCUUCGACCAAUAGUAAUACCAAAGUGUGUACGCGACUCGUCUUUAAGAACGCGUGCAGCAUGCGCGUGAGUGUGACACCACCGCAGUAAAAGCUCGGUCGCCGGAUUCCAGCACAGCUGAAUCCGGAGGGCAGAAUUAGAAGCUGUUACUGCGGUGGUACCACACUCACGCGAGGUGUACGCGCAUUUUCAUAACUCUAUUGGUUGAAGGAGCCCAGUGCGUGCAAACUACCUGAGAAUGACUCACGUGAACCUAGUGUGCCACCUCAGAAAACUGGCUGUCACUGGAUUAGUUUAUACAUGGUAAAAGCUAUAACUUCAGCGUGCACAUAUUUGUUAGUGCUUUUCCCUGGUGAUACUUAUUGUGUCUGAUAAUAAGCCUGCGGUAUUUGUCAUUAUAUAUCCAAAGUACAUGAGAUGCGAUAAAUUGUUGAGA